GGUGGGUCCAUGAAGGGGUCUUGUUUCAUGUUCGGUGAUGAGACGCGGGCGGAGUUAACAACCACUGAGAGGAGAAAUAGUGGAAAAGAUAGGCUAAUGUAGGCUACUGUAAAUAUCAAACCAUAGUUGGCCGGUCAGUGUUUAGUGGGGACUAGGGAAUGGUUAUCAGCGCGCCUGGAAACGAUGCAACUUUAUAAUGUGCAGUAGUAGCUUUCAAAGUUUAGAGGUCAAGUUUACAGAAGAGAAGCUUGGACGUUGUAAACGCAGAGACCGUCAUGAUGACGAAUGAGAAUCUGCGGCAGAAACAAUGUUUCCACUCUGCAUCCUAGGAUCAUCAAUUACGCGCGUGUGUAUACGUAUUAUUUCAAGAAUGUAUGUAAUGCAAAAAUAUAAACCAGAGACAAGAGUGCGAGUACCCUAACGACUCUGUCCAAGUGCACUCUAAAAUCAGUAAAAAUGCACGCAGUUACCAGCCUCUCAAUGGUCAGUUUGCUAAGUGUUGGCUACCUAUCCAUGGACUGGAUCAAGCCGAAUCAAGUGGAGGAGCACACUCAAAACGAUGCCUCUAUUACGUUUGAGCCUAAGCAACCACCACACAUUAUAUUCAUACUGACGGACGACCAAGGCUUCAAUGACAUAGGUUAUCACAACCCGGACAUUCGGACUCCAACUCUGGACAAACUGGCCGCGGAGGGGGUGAAGCUGGAGAAUUACUAUGUUCAACCUAUCUGCACUCCGUCACGCAGUCAGUUGAUCACGGGCAGAUACCAGAUCCACACAGGCCUCCAGCACUCUAUCAUCCGGCCUCGCCAGCCCAACUGCCUCCCUCUGGACAUGACCACGCUCCCACAGCGGCUGCAGGAAGCGGGGUACGCUACUCACAUGGUGGGCAAAUGGCACCUUGGCUUCUACAGGAAGGAGUGUCUGCCCACGCGCCGAGGCUUCCACAGCUACUUUGGCUCUCUGACGGGCAGCGUGGACUACUACACGUAUGGCUCCUGUGACGGACCAGGCCUGUGUGGCUACGACCUCCACGAGGGUGAAACCGUGGCCUGGGGCCGUGGAGGCAAGUUCUCCACCCACCUCUACACGCAGAGGGUACGCAAGAUCCUAUCCACUCACGAUCCGUCCCACCAGCCCCUGUUCAUGUUCCUCUCCCUGCAGGCUGUCCACACGCCCCUUCAGUCACCCAAAGCCUACAUCUACCCCUACCGCGGGAUGGGGAACGUAGCCAGAAGGAAGUACGCAGCCAUGGUGUCCAUCGUCGACGAGGCUGUGCGCAAUGUCACCUACGCUCUGCGCAAGUACGGCUACUACCGCAACAGUGUGCUCAUCUUCUCCACAGACAACGGUGCCCAGCCAUUCACUGGGGGGAGUAACUGGCCCCUGCGAGGGCGUAAGGGGACCUACUGGGAGGGAGGGGUCCGUGGGGUGGGCUUCGUACACAGCCCCCUGCUGCGUCACAAGCGGAGGGUUUCCAAGGCCCUCUUGCACAUCACUGACUGGUACCCAACCCUGGUUGGUCUGGCUGGGGGUAACGUGUCACAGACUGAAGGUCUUGACGGCUACAAUGUAUGGCCAACUAUCAGUGAGGGCAGGGAGUCCCCACGCCUGGAGAUCCUCCAUAACAUUGACCCACUCCACCGGCGCUCUGGCCUGGCGUCUGGGUCUGGACAGGAGGCCCAGCAUGUGUGGGACACCUCGGUCCAAGCUGCCAUCCGGGUGGGGGACUGGAAGCUGCUAACAGGGGACCCGGGCCAUGGAGACUGGGUCCCACCACAGGUACUGGCCAACUUCCCAGGCAGCUGGUGGAACCUGGAGCGGAACACUGAGGGAACUGGGAAGUCUGUGUGGCUCUUCAACAUCACAGGAGACCCCUAUGAACGCAGUGACAUGGCUGUGCAGAGGCCUGAUGUGGUCAAGAAGCUGCUAGAACGUCUGGCCUACUACAACUACACUGCCGUCCCUGUUAGGUUCCCCACCGACGAUCCCCGGGCCAAUCCAGACCGCAACGGGGGGGCCUGGGUACCCUGGGUCGGGGGGGACGAGGACGAGCCGAAAUGGAACGGGGUUUAUAAGAAAGGGAGGAAUAAAAAGAAGAAGAAAUGCAAGCUGUGCAAACUGAGAUCCUUUUUCAAGAAACUGAAUACAAGGAUAAUGUCCAAUAGAAUAUGAGGUGGGAAACUGAAUACAAGGAUAAUGUCCAAUAGAAUAUGAGGUGGGAAACUGAAUACAAGGAUAAUGUCCAAUAGAAUAUGAGGUGGGAAACUGAAUACAAGGAUAAUGUCCAAUAGAAUAUGAGGUGGGAAACUGAAUACAAGGAUAAUGUCCAAUAGAAUAUGAGGUGGGAAACUGAAUACAAGGAUAAUGUCCAAUAGAAUAUGAGGUGGGAAACUGAAUACAAGGAUAAUGUCCAAUAGAAUAUGAGGUGGGAAAGUCGAUGACACUCAGUCACAAGUAGCCUAUACAUUUUACACUGCAAGAGUAAUCUGAGCCAGCAAACACGUUGUGUGUGUGUGACAAUGGAAAAUGAUGUUUACUACACUGCAUCUCUUUGAGUGUGCUGUCAUAUGUUUUUUGGAUGUAGGACUACUGGGUUCUAUUGUGUUUAUUACAUGUUCUAUUUGAUCCACUUGUAGUGCGUAGCUAAGUGAAUUCAACAUGUUUAUGUUGACCUACUCACUUGGGGUUAUUUCAGCAGUAGUGACAUGAACUGACCUGUUUUUCUUUUCUAUAUUUUUGAAAAUAUCUAAGUAAAGAAACAACUGUUUUAAUUCAACAGAAGCUAAUGGGUGAUUCCUCGUGAAAUUAGAACAAAUCAAGCUCAUGAUUUUGGGGAGUUUCAUAUCAUUUAAUCGAUUGAAGAGUCCUUUGGUGGAAGGAUUGUUGACAUGUAUUUGACAUUUGUAUCUUUUUUGGCCUUACCUGGGCCUCUUUUUAAAGCUGCGAUCCGCGAUAGGCAAAACAGAGCCAUUGGCCACACCAAGCGCAUUUGUUUUGUAAAAAAAACAUUUGUAAAUCAAAUCAAAUGUAUUUAUAUAGCCCUUUGUCCAUCAGCUGAUAUCCCAAAGUGCUGUACAGAAACCCAGUAUGUAGGUGUUGAAGCACGUUGGCUACGAAAAACUCCCUAGAAAGGCCAAAACCUCGGAAGAAACCUAGAGAGGAACCAGGCUAUGAGGGGUGGCCAGUCCUCUUCUGGCUGUGCCGGGUGGAGAUUAUAACAGAACAUGGCCAAGAUGUUCAAAUGUUCAUAAAUGACCAGCAUGGUCAAAUAAUAGGUCUGGGACAGGUAGCACAUCCGGUGAACACGUCAGGAUUCCAUAGCCGCAGGCAGAACAGUUGAAACUGGAGCAGCAGCACGGCCAGGUGGACUGGGGACAGCAAGGAGUCAUCAUGCCAGGUAGUCCUGAGGCAUGGUCCUACGGCUCAGGUCCUCCAAGAGAGAGAGAAAGAAAGAGAGAAUUAGAGGAAGCAUACUUAAAUUCACACAGGACACCGGAUAAGACAGGAGAAGUACUCCAGAUAUAAGAAACUGACCCUAGCCCCACACAUAAACGACUGCAGCAUAAAUACUGGAGGCUGAGACAGGAGGGGUCAGGAGAUACUGUGGCCCCAUCCGAUGAUACCCCCGGACAGGGCCAAACAGGAAGGAUAGUAGUACAUUCUAUACUUUUCUAUCGCGCGUGCAAUGAUGUGCUGAUGUCUGAGGGAAAAAACAGUGUUCCCUGUUUAAAAAUGCUAAAUGACUUAAAUGUUAAAUGUAAAAACUUCUUUGCUAUUGUAAUAUUGCAGUUUCACCGUUACCGAUUGCAGCUUUAAGACGCAAUAGUGUUUUACAACUUUCUCUGUAAUAUGAGUGGUAUUUGGAGUUAAAUAAUAAUUGUCUUACAUUAAUUAAUGCAUUUAGUAAAAUAUAGACAUGUAAAAUGUACCAUUUUUGAUUUGGCAAAUGUUUCUAUUGUUGAACAUAAUAUAUUCAAUGGGCGGGCAUAUCUAAGUUCCAGAGUAGGAUCUUUGCUAGUUUUAAAGUAAUGAUCCAUUUUAAAAGAGAAAUAUGUGCAUGUUAGGCAGGUUUCCAUUGAAGUUUAUACUACAAAGCAAAAGCUAUGUCGCAAAUAACACUGCAACAUGUGUAAUGGAAACUGCAGCAAUAGAAUAAAUGUUCUAAAGAUCAACAAAAUGUUUAUCCAUUUGACAGGGGUGGGUUUUUUCUUUUGUUUUUCUUUGUUUAUUGCGACAAAUUAUGUAACCCGUGUUUUUUCGAAUAUAUGAUGAUUGCCGAAUAAUUUCGAAAGGUACGUGGGGCAUGGUGAUGUCAUCACAUAACAACAGUGCCUUCAGAAAUGAUUCAUCACAUCCCUUGACUUUAAAAAAUAAAUACAAAUUGUUACGGCCUGAAUUUAAAAUGGAUCAAAUGUAGAUUUGUUUUGUCACUGGCCUGCACACAAUACCCCAUAAUGUCAAAGUGGAAUUAUGUUUUUUUAGAUGUUUACAAAUAAAGGAAAAAUAAAAUCCCGAAAUGUCUUGAGUCAAUACGUAAUCCUACCCCUUUGUUAUGGCAAACCUAAAUACGAUCAGGAGUAGAAAUUCACAUAAGUUGCAUGUACUCCCUCUGUGUGCAAUAAUAGUGUUUAACAGUUUUUUUUAUGACGAGCUCAUCUCUGUAACCCACACAAACAAUUAUCUGUAAGGUCCCUCAGUCGAGCAGUGAAUUUCAAACAUAGAUUCAACCACAAUGACCACUGAGGUUUUCCAGCGUCUAGCAAAAAAGGGCACCUACUGUUUUGUUACAUGGGUAAAAAUAAAAAUAUAUAUCCGUUUGACCAUGGUAAAGUUAUUAAUUACACUUCAUAUUGCUGUAUCAAUACACCCAGCCAAUACAAAGACACAGGCAUCCUUCCCAACUCAAUUGCCAGAGAGGAAGGAAACCUCUCAGGGAUUUCACCAUGAGGCCAAUGGUGACUUUAAAACAGUUACAGAGUUUAACUGUUAUAGGAGAGAAGUUAGAUGCUUCAACAACAUUGUAGUUACUCCACAAUACUAACCUAAUUGAAAGAGUGAAAAGCCUGUACAGAAUUAACAUAUUCCAAAACAUGCAUUCUGUUUGCAACAAGGCACUAAAGUAAUACUGCAAAAAAAAUGGUCUUGAAUACAGGUGUUAUGUUUGGGGCAAAUCCAAUACAACACUUACUGAGUACCGCUCUCCAUAUUUUCAAGCCUAGUGGUGGUUGCAUCAUGUUAUGGGUAUGCUUGUAAUUGUUAAGUGGGGAGUUUUUUUCAGGAUACAGAAGAAAUGUAAUGGAGCUAAGCACAGGCAGAAUCCUAGAGUAAAACCUGGCUCGGUCUGCUUCCACUCGACACUGGGAGAUGAAUUCACCUUUCAGCAGGACAAUAACCUAAAACACAAGGCCAAAUCUACACUGGAGUUGCUUAAGAAGACAGUGAAUGUUCCUGAGUGGUCUGGUCACAGUUUUGACUUAAAUUGGCUUGAACUUGAAAAUGGCUGUUUAGCAAUGAUCAACAACCAAUUUGACAGAGCUUAAAGAAUUUUGAAAAGGAUCAUUGGCAAAUAUUGAACUUUCCCAGUGUGCAAAGCUCUUAGACACUUACCCAGAAAGACUGCCCGCUGUAAUCGCUGCCAAAGGUGAUUCUAAUACGAAUUGAGUCAGGGGUGUGAAUACUUAUGUAAAUUAGAUAUUUCUGUAUUUCAUUUUCAAGAAAUGUGCAAAUAUUUCAAAAAACACGUUGAAACGUUUUCUUUUUUACAUUUUCUUUUUUUAUUUCACCUUUAUUUAACCAGGUAGGCUAGUUGAGAAAAAGUUCUCAUUUGCAACUGCGACUUGGCCAAGAUAAAGCAUAGCAGUGUGAGCAGACAACAAAGAGUUACACAUGGAGUAAACAAUUAACAAGUCAAUAACACAGUAGGAAAAAAAGGGAAGUCUAUAUACAUUGUGUGCAAAAGGCAUGAGGUAGGCGAAUAAUUACAAUUUAGCAGAUUAACACUGGAGUGAUAAAUGAUCAGAUGGUCAUGUACAGGUAGAUAUAUUGGUGUGAAAAAGAUCAGAAAGUAAAUAAAUAAAAACAGUAUGGGGAUGAGGUAGGUAAAAAUGGGUGGGCUAUUUGCCGAUAGACUAUGUACAGCUGCAGCGAUCGGUUAGCUGCUCAGAUAGCAGAUGUUUGAAGUUGGUGAGGGAGAUAAAAGUCUCCAACUUCAGCCAUUUUUGCAAUUCGUUCCAGUCACAGGCAGCAGAGAACUGGAACGAAAGGCGGCCAAAUGAGGUGUUGGCUUUAGAGAUGAUCAGUGAGAUACACCUGCUGGAGCGCGUGCUACGGAUGGGUGUUGCCAUCGUGACCAGUGAACUGAGAUAAGGCGGAGCUUUACCUAGCAUGGACUUGUAGAUGACCUGGAGCUAGUGGGUCUGGCGACGAAUAUGUAGCGAGGGCCAGCCGACUAGAGCAUACAAGUCGCAGUGGUGGGUGGUAUAAGGUGCUUUAGUGACAAAACGGAUGGCACUGUGAUAAACUGCAUCCAGUUUGCUGAGUAGAGUGUUGGAAGCAAUUUUGUAGAUGACAUCGCCGAAGUCGAGGAUCGGUAGGAUAGUCAGUUUUACUAGGGUAAGUUUGGCGGCGUGAGUGAAGGAGGCUUUGUUGCGGAAUAGAAAGCUGACUCUUGAUUUGAUUUUCGAUUGGAGAUGUUUGAUAUGAGUCUGGAAGGAGAGUUUACAGCCUAGCCAGACACCUAGGUACUUAUAGAUGUCCACAUAUUCAAGGUUGGAACCAUCCAGGGUGGUGAUGCUGGUCAGGCGUGCGGGUGCAGGCAGCGAACGGUUGAAAAGCAUGCAUUUGGUUUUACUAGCGUUUAAGAGCAGUUGGAGGCCACGGAGGGAGUGUUGUAUGGCAUUGAAGCUCGUUUGGAGGUUAGUUAACACAGUGUCCAAGGACGGGUAUUUAAGGGGUAUUGUGUGUAGAUGUGUGAUUUAAUCCAUGUUGAUUUCAGGGUGUAAUAUAACAAAAUGUGGAAUAAGUCAAGGGGUAUGAAUACUUUCUGAAGGCACUGUAUAAAGCUCAACUCCACAUAUGUAAAUGCCUACUGCUUGCUAAAUCCAUUUUUCAACUAUAUAAAAAAACGAAACGUUUCUUUGCAGGACAAGGAUCGUCUUGACUUUCAAGAAUGCCACAAUUGCUUCGCUUGCUUUCCUGGUUGGCUGGAUGCAAAGUUACAACAUCCAAUUAUUUCAGAUAUACAGGACUGCAAGUCUCACCUUGGCAAGGACCAUGGCAAUAGGCUCAUUUGACACAUGAGAAGUAUUAGAAUACGGCACAUAUUAGUCUACUCUUGCAUUCUGUCCAUGCUGACUUGUGUGUGCUACCUAAAACAAAUAGGUGGGAAGGCAUGCAGGCUGUCGCAAAUUGGAUCAUUUGUCUAUAAGUAGCAGAGAUCCACUCCAGAACGUCGAUAUGCAUGUAGAGUCUAUUAUGGUCAACAAUAUAUUGAAGUAUUAGCCAGAUACAUUUUUAAAUGAUUUUUUUCAAUAUUUUUAAAUGUUUGUAAGAAAAUACUACUCAUAUUACAUAGCAAGUGGUGAAGCUUCAUAUGAGACCAUUGUCUGCUUUGUAGCACCUACAGAUGAAACGUUAUGGAGUCUUAACGGACUUCACAGACAUUUAGGUCAGGCCAAAAUAUCAAACAUUCCAACUUGAAUUAAUUAUUUCCCAAUUAUGCUUUAAGAUACAAAUGUCAAAUAGAUGUCAACAAUCCUUCCUCCAAAGGACUCUUCUCUGGAUAACAUUUUGUGAAUAUCCACAAAAUCAUGAUCUUGUGUUGUUCUAGUUUUCACACUAAUGUCAUAUUCCUUUUCACUUCUUUGGUUAAAUAAGACAGAUGGAUACUUAAGGAAAACUGAAAAGAAAAGUGUUGGUGAAAUGCUUAGUCCGUAGUUAUUAUUGUCCGAUUGCUCUCUUAAUGUCACAACCAUCUGGAAAAAGUUGUUAAGGGGAUGUGUUGAUAGUGUCUUGUCUCCAAUGGAAACUAUUAAACUCUGUAGUUAAAGAUGCACCACGCAGAAAUAUCUCAGCCAUUUCCUGGUUGAACAGAUCUACCACUUCAAAGCUGCAAUAUGUAUCUUUUUGGGAGACAAAACCAAAUUAACAUAGAAAUGUUGUCUAAUUGAAAGCAAGUCUAAGAAGCGGUAGAUAUGUUCUAUGUGCGCUAUUUCUAUGCUCCUCGUUCUUAAGUUUUGUUUUUGCCUCUUUUACUUUGGUUUUGUACACCAGCUUCAAACAGCUGAAAAUACUAUAUUUUUGUUUAUCUAAAAUAUAUUUCACAGCGGUUUAGAUGGUACAAAGAUUCUCUACACUACACUUGCUUGUUUUGUCACAUAAACUGAAAUUAGGUGAACUAUUAUAAUUUUAGCAACCAGGAAAUGGCAGAGUGAUUUCUGCAUAGUGCGUCUUUAAUGAUUUAUUCAGAAGUCUACCAAGAAAGUACUGUAAGCGGAGCUCUUAGCAGUGAAUUUAAACACAAAGGUCUGUCUGGCCCUUGUAGCCUUUUCCUGCAGUCAAAUGACCUAGUGGCCUCAUGGGUGGAAUGUUAUUCAUAUUUAUCAUAAUUUCAUAAUUAAUCAACUUUUUUUUUUAAACACAGAUAAUCUGGAGUUUCUAUGUCAAACAGUUUUGUUAUAUUUCAGUCUUCUGUAAUGUAUAUAAAGUGUAGUAUUGGGAAGCAAACUCAAAAUGCAAUAUAUUUCAACUUUAUAUCUGA